AUGGCUUCGAAUAUCUUUCGUAAAUUCCAAGAAGUCGUGAAAAACGGCACUCCACUUCAAUACGUGGGUGGUGGUAUCAAUAGUAGCAGCAGUAGUAAUUCUAAUACGAGAAGAACUAGGACCGGUCAGCAAAGUGCCGAGAGUAGCCUUUCCUUUAUUGGUAACUACCUUGCUGGGUGGAAGACUAUCGAGAUACUCCUGAACGGUUCGUCUCGUCGGAAUGCGACAGUUCUCAUGGAGCACGUUGAAAAUCAGAGAAAAACCGUGGGCAUGAAUCCUCUGGGUUUGAUACGCCUUCAAAGCUGGGAUGAUUUCUUUGGUCAGUUCAGGUGGCCCGACCACCUCAGUGAUCGUUUCGAAUCAAACAUGAUUCAAUACGGGUGGAAUUACGUCCUACUUGCGUAUGGUGUGGUAGCAUUUUUAGCAUCAUUUAAAGCGGCAGGGCUUUAUAUGAAUAUACUUGCGAUUGCUCAAGUCCUGGCGCUCGCUAUCCCUUAUCACGACAGUCGCAAUCCGGCUCAUGAUGCUGAUUUAGCAUAUUACUCUCUAUGGGCAGCGAGCACAGCUGAGCGACGCCGCAGACAAGGGCAGAAUUACGGGGAGUCGCCGAUGGAAUAG